UUGUAACGUCAGUUUUUUUGGGGUUGAGUUUCUUCUCCCUUUCUACCUUCUCUUCUCUUCACUUUGCUCAAAUGGCCGGCCUCAGAUGGAGAGAGUGGUGGAACACGAUGGCCUUCCCGACCCGCCGAGUCUGGAAUCGCUUCACCGUCCGCGUCGGCUUCCGACACAGUGGACUUUUAAGGUUACAAAAUGACGUGAGUUCUUGUGAGUACGAAGACAUACACAUAAUGUGGAAUCUGUUACACAAGAACGAAGAUCUUAAUCGCGGUGUACAGAGCCAACCACAACAACAGAGGAAGAAACCUUGUUGGAGUCUUCUUGGUUCAUAUCUUUGCCAAAGAUUCUGAUCAGUUUUACUAUAUACAUAUAUAUGUAUAACCCAAAAGAUGUUCCAAAACCAUCUUUGUAUCUGAGAGAGCCUUCAGGGGUCCCUUGCAAGUGUGGUGAGGUUCACUAAGUUUUAAUAAAUUUCUGAGGUUGCAGAGUUCUUAGCUGUUAUAUAUAUAUAUUCCAUGGCAUGCCUCUAUGUGUACUUAUGAAUACUAUCAUCACAUGAGUGUUGUAUAUAUAAAAAUGCAAAAAUGUUUCACUUAGUUUGAUACAACUUUGUUCAUAUAUUAUGGUU